AUGUUAUGGGUAUUUAAAAUCUUCUAUAAGAUCUGGGUUUUUACAGCUAUAGAGUCGUAUCUCACAUUUGAAAAUGUAUUCCAUAAUUAUAGAUCGAAUACUAAUUUCGUUCAUUCCUUUAAAUGUAGUAAUUUUAAUAAAGUAAGAUUAAAAAGUGUUAUAAACACCCCUGUAUCAUAUGAAAAGGCAAGAAAUUAUGCACUUUUUGCAGAGGUAACGGAAACCGAAGUAAGGCCUGAAAUAUUACGGAAAACUUCGGUAAUUGAUUUGGAUUAUCUAGGUCACUUAACAGGAGAUUUGAUUAGAUAUUCAAAGUCAGUGGAUAAAAAUAAACCCGAAAUAUGCUACGAACAACUGAAGAAUAUCUUCGGAAAAUUUUCACACGUGAUUUCAGAACUUUUCACCGAACCAGUUGAAGUAGAUUACCAAAGUAAACUUGAACAAAUAAGACAAGAAUUUGGAGAAAAAAUAGAUAAAAUCGAACCUCACCACCUUUUGAAAAUCAAUCCAACUGAAUAUCGUAAUAACACAACAACUUUUGCCUACGAGUACUUAGUUGAUUAUGAUCCACUCAAUUCAGAAAAAGUACCCAGAGUUUUUAGGAGAGAUUUGAGGACAGACGUACCAAAAAUACUAAGAAAAAGACUGUCAUAUAUUAUAAAUUUCUUUUCAAAAACAUUGGGACUAUUUUUUGUAACAUUUUACCAGUCUAACUUGCCAAUCUCAGAGCUGUAUAAAGAGAGUACUACAUUAGGGCUGGAAUCAACACCUCAGCUUUUAGAAGGGAUAACCUUGUUACACCUUACCGAUAAUUAUUAUGGAACUGAUUUAAGAAAGAAAAUUGAUAAGUCGUUAGAAUUAUUUGAAUACUCGAGCAUUGUUAAACAGGGGAGAAACAAAAGCUUCUCCCUUAUUAUUAACCAUUUUUUUCAGAACAAAGACUAUGAAUCGAUUUUUUACGUAAUAAAAUAUAUAACUAAUAACCUAGAUAAGAAGUUGAAUGGGCUUUACUUGGUGCAAUUUCUAGUAUCGCUGGCGCACAAAUUCAAAUCCUUAAAAGGUGAUAGUAACAAUGACAAAUUUACCCACAAUAUCCCUUUGAACAAUUCAGUUUCUGAAAAUGAAGAGGGUUUAGAUGAACGAAAGAGGUUUAAAAAGAUGAUGUUUUCUGAGUUGAAGCAGUGGAUCAAACAAUCACUUGAGUUGUAUGAAAAGUGUAACUUACACCCUUUUAACAUGAUUUAUGAGUUUGCAGAAAUCCUUGAGAGGAAUUAUAGAGAUUUAGUUCCUGGAUUGUUCAGAAUAGUUACAGUAAGUUCAUCAGGCGAUUCCGCAGUCCCACACGGCCUCUGUGACCUUUGCAACACUAAAAUUAACUUCCAGGAUAUUUCAGACCCUGACAGGUUUGAGAUAUUCUCGAACAUGCUCAAGACGAUAUUCAACACCACAGUGAAGGAGUUUUUCCCGCUCUUCAAUUUCUACAAGUUUCUGCUCAGAGGCACAGUCAGAGGAAAACCAUACACCUGCAUCAUUGACGGACAAAACGUUGGCUUUUACAAGAACAAUUGCUGGGUCUUGGAUUGGAAUAAGCUCUUAGACGCGUUCUAUUUCUUUGAAUCAGCAGGCGAGAACCCGCUCAUCGUGUUGCCAUUCAGAAUCUACAACAAACUUAUGGCUCACUUGGAGAAAAUGGAUAAACCAAGUUUUGAUUUGUUUGACAUCCUUAAUGAAAACAAAUCCAUAUAUCUCACUAAUAAUUAUUCCUAUGACGAUAACUAUUUUCUCCUGGCUGGGAUUGUCAAGUUUACAGAAGACGAGAUUAAAUUGUUUGACCACUUCAUUAAUCAAACCAGUGUCGACGAGUCCUACUAUGCUAGUAUUGAAUACUGCUUAUCAAAAAUUAAAAAUGACCAAUUUAAGAAAAGUGAUAAGAACACAAUUAUCGUAACUAACGACCGACUUUCAAAUUUGUUGAUAGAGGAUGUGAACACUGAAGUGUUAAACACAUGGAAAAACUAUUCACUGAUUAAUUUCACGGCAUUUAACCCCAAGGGCAGGCUAACCAUGGGUCGGAGAAUAAAUUACACCUUUUCAGUCGUCUCAGAUAAUGACAAGUUCCAUAUACCAAUAGGCUACGACCGUAUCUUUACAAACAGUAAUGAGAUACAUAAGUUUGAAUUGGGACUCAAUAUACCAUCUGGGACAUCUAACUUUUCCGGGUCUUCUAGGUCACCAGAAACAGGUAAAAUUUCUAUUAAAUUCCUCAAUCAGGAGGAAACACCUAACAAGAACUGGAUACGAGAUAAUCAACAUCUCUUGUUUGAUAGUACAAACUUAACGCCUAAUCCCGUUACCACAGAUAACGACACCUUUAAAGAGAGGGGUUCCUCCUACCAUCCCUAUGGAAGCACAGAUAAUGACUUUAAACAUUCCAAUGACCGUUAUAGAAAUGUAUUCUGUGAGAUUUACCACAACUCCCCCGAGAUUGUCGAACAAAUGUUCAUUCCGAACUCAAAGUCGAAGUGGUUGUGCAUAGAUUUAUCCCGCAUCGACUCACUAAUUGAAAACUUGUAA